AUGGAGGAACUGAAAGCAGAAAAUCCACAAGCAAUCACCGAGGAUUCACAACAAAUCGUAGAUAAGCUGGAAAAUGAUGAAUUUGGGUAUUUGAAAAAUGAUGGAUUGAGUUAUGAGGCUUUUAAAAUUGAACUCAAGAAUCUGCCAAAGUUCUAUGGAUAUGCUGAAUUAAAGAAGUUGAUUACCAAAACGUUGAAUUUGAAUGCUAGCAAGAUCAAGAUACCGAGGAUGAAUUCAAGCUUUGCAUUUAUUUGUUUGAGAAGCGAAGAUGAACGAAAACAAGCUAUAGAUGUCCUUAAUGGCUAUAAAUGGAAGAAUAAUAUCCUAAAAGCAGUUUUGGCUAAUCCAAUCAAAGAUCCUCUAAUUAGAAAGCGUAAAUUUGAGAAUUCUGAAGUUGAUGGAUGCGGUAUAAAGCAAGUAAAGACAGCAGCAGAAAGCAGCGAGCCUCUUGGGAAUGUUCCUUAUGAAGAACAGCUAGUCAUCAAGCAGCAAUAUAUUGAUGAAGUUUUGAAACAAUUUAAAGUUGAGCUAAGGAGAGCUAAUUAUAUUCAGGGUAAAUCCAUAAUGUCUGAAUAUAAAGAUCCAGUUUAUAAAGUCCUUCCAAUCGUCCCAAGUCCUCAAUUAAACGGAUAUAGAAAUAAAUGUGAAUUCUCAAUCGGUCGUGAUGCAAGCGGUGAAAUUCAAGUCGGGAAUCGUGUUGGAACUUAUAAAUCUGGUACAAUUCAUGUCGAAUCUACUGACGACCUUAAAAUGCCGCCCCAAAAGAUGAAGGAAGCUGCAAAUAUUUUUAAGAAAUUUGUCAUUAAAUCGGAACUGGAUGUUUACAGUCAAGUGACUUGUGAGGGAUAUUUUCGGCAGUUAACAAUUCGUCUUCAUAAUGACGAAAAAGACUUGAUGCUGAUUAUAGGCAUUAAUCCACAAAAACUGACAGAGAUUGAGAAGGAAAAGCUUCAAAGUGAUCUUGUUAAAUUUUUCACGGAAGAUGAUGGAAAGUGCUUAAAUGUGACAUCACUUUAUUAUGAAGAGAUGGAGAAGCAUCGAUCUGGUCAGCAAGGAAAAUUUAUCAAGCACAUAUAUGGAUCCACUCAUGUCCAUGACUUUAUUAACGGCCUUAAAUUCCAAAUUUCUCCAUCAUCAUUCUUUCAAGGCAACACAAAAGCAGCUGAGAAGCUUUACCAAGAAAUUAUUGACUUUGCUGCAAUCACACCGUCUACAACGGUCUUGGAUGUCUGUUGUGGCACUGGAACUAUAGGUCUUUGUUGCUCAAAAUACAGUAAGAAUGUAUAUGGGAUGGAAAUCAUUCCACAAGCAAUUGAGGAUGCUAAACACAAUGCACAAGCCAAUGAAAUUAAAAAUUCACAUUUUUCCGUUGGAAAUACGGAUGAUCUUAUCAUGACAAUGAUUAAUCAAGCGAAUGUUAAUGAUGGUGAGAAUAUUAUAGCUAUUGUUGAUCCACCAAGGGCUGGUCUGAACACAAAAUCAAUUCAACAGCUUAGAAAUUCGAAGAAAAUUCAAAAACUUGUGUAUGUAAGCUGCUCACCAAAACAAGUCAUCAAAAACUUUGUCGAUUUAUGUAAAAAUUCAACGAAAUUAAUGAAAGGCGUGCCUUUUGAAAUGAAAAUUGUUAGAGCUGUUGACAUGUUUCCAAAUACAAAUCAUUGCGAAUUGGUUGUGCUGUUUGAGAGGAAGAAAAUUGAUGUUCAAGAAGAAAAUAGCGAGAACCUGGAUGUUAAGGAAUGA